AUGUCGACCAAAGACAUCCGAUUGCGCCUCACCGUCCGGCGACACGGCGUGCCGGAAAUCAAGCUCCUCUGGCCGUGUGCUUGCUCUGCGGACACGACCAUUGCCAAGCUGCUCGCCCAGGUCAACGAAGUGGUGCCGCUCGAGAGCAGCGACUGGGGACUAGAGGACUAUGCGGUCGAGCUUUCAGAUGACAGUGGCGGAAGCUACGAGUGUCUGCAUUUCCAGCGGGUCUCGCAGAUUUUGAAGGACGAAGAUCAUGUCAUAAUCCGGUCCCUUUUGACAGAUGAUAUUAGAAGACGCCGGCUCAGCGGACGCCAUCAGAUUUCAACAGACGGCAAGCACCUUGUCGAUGGACUGGCGUUCGGGCGACCAUGGCUGCGAACACCGUGCGACCGGCCGGCCUUUGAGCUGCCGCCUCGUAAAAAGGCGCGAAUCGACCGGGCGCCGGAGCAAUUGCUUUUGGAGGGCCCGCCUGGAUGCGUUGGAGCGCACGGCGGGCGUUUACAAUCCAUCUGCCUCGAUGAUGGUGAAAAUCCCGACAUGUCGGGGAACGAAGACGGCGAAUUCGAACCUGGUCAGGACAUUGAAUCUGAGAGCGAGAGCGUGUCUGGGGAUAGUGAAGGCGAUGCCGACGUCGACUAUUCGCCCAGAGCGCUGGCCGAGGAGGUCCGGCUUCUUGGCGAGGACGAAGACCGCAGCGGCAAUUGCCAGCCGGCUUUGAUCGAGCCCACGUUGGAGCAACUAGGCGUACUUCGGAUGGCAUUCCCCCUGUUAUCCUUUUCGACCAUUGAGAAGGAGCUUUUUCUACAGAAGCAAGACUUGAGAAGGACAUAUGAUGCGCUGCGACGAUCGACUGCGCCGAGCCUUAGUUUCGACGACAUGAUGGAUCGCAUGGUGACGGGGCUCUUGGGGCAGCAUGAGUCCUCGCCCGUGCCUCCAGCCGUGCCCUCCUUGCUUGGUCAGCCACGCCCAGCUUCAAAGCCUCUCAUUGAGGAAGUAGCAAGCGAGGGCUCAGCAACGUCAUCUUCAGGGUCAAGCUGCGACAGCACGUCCGACUCUGGCUCUGACGACUCUGACGAAAGACGCUCCAGCUACGCCCAAGACACGAGUAACUCUCCAGGUGACAGCUCGGACAGCGACGGUGACGAGUCAUACGAUGACAGUUCAAGUGAUGCUGACGUGUCCGAGUCCGAGUCCGAGUCCGAACACGAGUCUAAGCCCGUGCGAGAGAUUUCGAGGCCCACGACGGCGUUGGUCAAAAGUGAGGGAUCUGCACCUCAUCAGGGCCUCUCGAGAACACAAAAACGCAAUGCUCGACGGAAGCGGGCCAAGCUGAUAAGGCAGCAAGAAGAAACACCAACGCCGAGCCCGGAGGAUGCAGAGCUUCUAGCCCGGAAGGAGGCCUUGUUGGGCGCCCUGUCCGAGAAUACCAUCCCCGUAGAGACGGCAAGUGAGCCAACCCUGGCCAACGGCGAGGUGACAACACAGACGCCAGACAAACCUCACAAUGUGGCGUCGCCGACGAGUAAAGAUUCAUCGGGACGACGUGCUCGGGUGGACAUGGGGGCGGGGAGAAGAAUGCUGUUUGGGGCGUUGGGCCUCAAGACCCCCAAGUCCAAGGCAGACGAAGAGCGUAUCAGGGAAGGCCUCAUGAAGGAUGCCAAGGGUGUGAAUAAAGCCAGGAUUGUCCAGGUCGUCGAUGACAAGGACGUCAAGGACGUCCAGGUAGCCAGCGAGGAGGCCGCGGACGCUGACGCAUGGAAGUCGAAGAUGACGUAUCGGGCGGUGGAAUGCUGUCACCAAGGCAUGGUUUUGUCGGAGCCCCCGUUCCCCUUUGUCCAGCGGUGGGAUCCCCAACAACAAUAUGGAUCUAUGCGGAAGCGGAAGAGAGAAGCUCAAUGCUACGGUGACGGUGCUUGUGUUUACGAAACGUCGGGCGCGACUGGGCACGACGAAGACGCAGACGCAGACGCAGACGAAGACGCAGACGCAGAGACUACCGACACCAACGGCAGCUCAAAGAAGAGACGGUCGACGACAAGUCGAGACCUGUUUGGCAACCAUGUGAAUGGGGAAGCGACUACCAAUGGCGACGCCGGCGACAAUUAUGCGCCGGUUGAAAAGGAUUUACCAGCCUUACCCGAAGACGUGAGCAGUCUUGCCACGCUGGAGAAGGGCAGCGCGAGGGCAGGCAUGGUGAUUACAUGGAAGCGAUGUAUCAUGUCCAAGGCAACGCAGUGGCAGCCCGUGAUUGCGUCUGUCACGGGGGAGGUUCUCCCCGGUGGAACCGAGUCCAGACUGGAUGUACGGCUGGCACUUAGGGACCGAGAGCACAACCACAAGGUCUACGACGACAAGGGUCAGAGGGUCUAUGACAGGUUCGAGAUGCCUGGUUUUGAAGAGGACGGGGAAGCGGCGCCGGAUGAUGGGCUUCGGACUAUUCUCUGGGACGAGAUGAUUGAGCCCAAGAUACUGCAGGGCACAUUGCCGCCGCCGACGAAUGGAAGCGAGGGAUGA